AUGAAGAAGAUACUGCAAAAAAGCCUGCUCGACCGAGUCGUUCUUGUGUGGUUUUUGCUUCAGCUUGUGACUCAAGCACAAGCAUGUGACCCAGGUGGGGUGUGGCCAUUAAACACGCAGUACGGAGCAUCAGACGAAACAGAAAACGGAAAUGACGGGGUAGCAAGAGGAACCCAGUUAGCCCCUGGUCCAUACGGAGACCCUGGUGGCGCUUUCCUGUUUUCCGGGACUGCAAAUUCCUACAUCGACAUUCCCAACAACGGCAAGCUUGACGUGCGGUACUCCUACACCAUACUGGCCCACAUAUAUCCUACAGGUCAGGCCGGGCCAAUCUUCAACUACGUCGGCAACAAUAAUCAGUGGGCGGUGCAUUUUUGGCAAACAGCUCCACAGCUAUUCAUGUUAAGGACGUAUGAGCGAUAUGGAUAUUUCUCACAGUACGCCCAUGCGAGUGUGCUGCAGCAGAACGCUUGGAACUACGUGGGCGGAACCUACAAUAGUUCCACAGGGGUUGCAAUCCUCUGGUACAACGGUUCAGAGGUCGCACAGGUGCAGGUCGGAGUCCCGUCUGUCGCAACUCAGUACCCGGUCCGGGUGGCGGUGAGGUACGGAAGCAGUCAGUACUUCGCGGGCCGGAUAGCCUGUAUCCAGCUGUACAACUUCGCCAUGACUCAAGAACAGAUCGUCGCUGCACGAGACAGGUGUUCACAGAGAGGUGUCAAUGUCGCACUGAGGAAGUCCGCCUACCAAACAAGCACUUACUGGUUUGGGGCCGCCAGCCUUGCCGUAGACGGGAACACCAAUACCACGUUUCUGAAUCGUUCCUGUACACACACUAUGGUAGGAACGAUCUACAAUGAUCCAGGUUGGUGGGUGGAUCUCGGUCAAUCGUAUGUUGUUGGCAGGGUGGUCAUAUUUAACCGCCAGGACAGUCGUCAGGACCGACUCAACCCCUUCAACAUCCACAUCGGGGAUUCCGACCAGGUCAGCACGAACCCCAAGUGUGGAGGUGAUCAUCGCAUCGAACUGAACCAGCCGUUUAUUUCCGUCUCAUGUCUGGGGAUGAUGGGACGGUACGUGGGCGUCCGCCUUCCCGGAGCUUCUCGAGUAUUGAGCCUGUGUGAAGUUCAAAUAUACUUAGCUGACCGGUGUCCACCAUUGUGUCCCCCUACCAAUGGAACCAUGCGGGGCUUCAACUACUUCGGAGACGUGAUCACAUUCACCUGUGACUCGGGAUACCGGUUAGUCGGC